AUGGUGGAGUUAUUGACAGAAUCUUUAAGACGACAACCAAGACAGCCAUUUCGACCUCCUUCUCCACCCUCAAUCUUGGUUGAGCCAUCUAACAACGGUGACAUUAUUACUUUGACGCAGAAGUUUAACAAAAUGAAACCACUUAUCUUUCGAGGGAGCCUUGAACCGUUGAAGGCUGAAGCAUGGGUCUUAGAGAUUGAGAAGUUGUUUGAAUGUGUAAAAGACCGCAAAGUAGCAGAGUUUGAGCAACUAAAGCAAGGUACUAUGUCGGUAACAGAGUACGAAGCUAAAUUCACCGAGCUUGCACGGUAUGCACCACAUAUGGUAGACACCAAUUAUAAGAAGGCUAAAAAAUUUGAAGGUGGCCUGGAUGUUGAGGUCCUUGACCGGAUUAAUGUACUCAAGUUGGUAAAAUAUGUUGAUGUCUUGGAUAGAGCCAUUAUGGCUGAGGCGAACAUUGUUGGACUAAAACAAGCAAAGACACCGGUGAAUGAAUGGAAUGGUAAGAAACAGGGAUUCAAUUUUAAGAAGGGUCAAAAUAACUCCAACAAUUCACAAAAUAAAAGGCAGAAUACGGGAUCAUCAAAUAGCUCUAGCCAAGAGAACGAUACAUCUAUCUGCCCGAAAUGUAGAAAACGACAUAGGGGAGUUUGCCACAGAAUUUCUAGUGCAUGUUUCCGGUGUGGGAAAUAA